CUGCGUUUCCACUACUAGUCAGAUACAUUUAUUCAAUUAAUCCAGCCCAAGCGAAAUGGCAUCUCUUCUCAAACCCUUCAAGAAGCGACGCGAUCCGUCAACAAACCCGCCAAUUCAAAUCCUCUCCGAUCUUCACCUCGAACUGAACCAGCAAUACACAUCAUUCACCAUCCCAGAAACCGCACCCCUCCUCCUCCUCAGCGGCGACAUUGGCCGCCUCGCCGACUACGACGAAUACCUAAAAUUCCUCGAAACGCAAGUUCGCCAGUACAGGAAAGUCUUCCUAGUACUAGGGAACCACGAAUUCUAUUCCCUAAGCCACGAAUGCGGUCUUGCCGAAGCGCAUCGCCUCGCAAACGAGCCAUCACUUCACGGGAACUUGAUCCUCCUACACAGAACCCGAUGGGAUGAUCCCGACUCCACAUUGACAAUUCUCGGAUGCACGCUAUGGUCGAGGGUUCCCGAUGAAGCCUGUAGUAUUGUCGAAUCUAGGAUAAACGACUUUAAGAUGAUAGAAGGGUGGACAGUACAGAAGCACAAUGCGGCGCACUUGGAAGACGUCACUUGGCUCCGCGAGCAAGUCGCAAAAAUAGCGUCACAAGACGAAAAGACCCCGAGACAGAUCCUAGUAGCAACUCACCACGCGCCUUGCCUGAAAGGUACCUCUCGGCCAGAACACUCUAAUAAUCCGUGGUCGUCCGGCUUUGCGACGGAUCUCGUGGAUCGGGGUAGAUGGGACGGCGUUAAGACGUGGGUGUUCGGUCACACUCAUUACUCGACGAGGUUCGUGCGGAGAGGGAUCGAGAUUGUAGCCAAUCAGCGGGGGUACGUCUUACCAGCAAGGGAAGGGAAACCGGAGCAAGAUCUUGAGGGGGGACAGAAGAACGGCCGCAAGUUCGAUCCUGCCAUGAUCGUUACAAUAUAG